GAGCAGACAGAAGAGGAGCGCACAGAGGUCAGACAAACACUCAGCUCAUCCUGAGCUGUCCAGACCGGAGGGAUGUUUACCAUGAAGAUAUCAAAAGGAAGCGGGGAAUAAACGCACCAGCUGGAAUAUAUAUUUUUGCAUUAUUAUUUUUUUUUUUUUUAUGUGUCUCGGGUAAUUAUUUUCUAAUAUGUAUUUUUGAUGUCGAGGACUAGAGAGCAUUCCAAACAAACAUACUUUUAUCUCACUUUAUCUCUCCUCCACUUUUCGUUCCCUCCCGUUAUUUAUCAAAAUCUCCCCGCGUAAAGGACUGAUAGGCAUGUGGUGGAAAGUGGGGCUCGUGCUGGUGAUGUGCUCGGGUCUCACGAGCAGCGAAGCCCGAGAGGAGCACCGGGAUUCGCCUCCGCGCAACACGAUGCUCAGAGCGCCCGUGGAAACGCUGGACUUUGGCUUCGUGCCGUCGAUGGUGUACGAAACGCACGCGUAUUAUGAACCGGGUCCCAUCGGUAUUGUUUUCCACAUGGUCCACGCGUUUCUGUACGUGGUUCAACCAAACCCUUUCCCCAAAGAUCUCAUUGUUAAAAUGGUCCAGCAGAACAUGGGAGGAAUCAAAGGGGACGAUUACAAGAAGCCAGAGAAUGUUGUAUUAUUACUACAGGCUAUCUACUAUGAGCUGGGCUUCAUAGUGCUGUCGGUUCUGGGGGUGAUAUUUGUGCUGUUCAUGCCGGUCGUGGGCCUGUUUAUCUGUGUGUGCCGCUGCUGUGAGAACUGUGGGGGUGAGAUGCAUCAGAGACAGAAGAAGAACGGCGACUGCCUAAGAGGUUUCUACAUGGCCACACUCAUGGCUACCUCUGUCUUCCUCGCAGUGGGAGUGACGAUCGCCUACGCAGCAAAUCAGAACAUCACAAAUCAGAUCAAGAGCACCAGACGCCUCGUCAGCACUAACACAAGAGACCUGAAAUCUUUUGCCAACCACACACCAGUGCAAAUAGACUACCUCUCUGCACAGUACACAACAGCCAAGAACAAAGUAUUAUCAGACUUAGACAAUAUUGGGAAUCUGCUGGGUGGACAGAUUCAUAAUCAGCUGGAGAGAGAAGUGGUGCCUGCUUUAGACAACGCUCUUCGCAUGACAGCAGUUAAAGUGGAGGGUGCUAUUAAAGUGCAGGGUGAGUUUUUAUAUUCCUGGAAGAGAAACACGUUGCCUGAUGUUGAGGCACCUUUGGCCAGUCUGGAUGCUGUGCUUAAAACAGACCUCAGCAACAUCAUACAGAAGGGCUACUCUUCUUUUAACAACACACCAAGGUUGGUCAGAGAACAGACAAAAGAAAUUUUGUCGGCUUUACCCAAAGUGAAAGGGCUGCUGGAUAAGUCUGGUGGAGAGAUAGUUGCUUUCACAAAGAUGUUCCCGGUUGAACCAGCACUUGAGAACUUCACAAAGUUCCUGACAGAGAGCCAGAAGAACAUUGAAGCGUACUAUCCACAGAUCGACCAGCUGGACUUCUACAGAUGGAUUGGAUGUGUGGUGAUUUGUUGUAUGGUCGUGCUUGUUCUGACCUUUAAUUUCCUGGGUCUGUUGUGUGGAUCAUGUGGUUAUGAUAAAAAUGCCACACCCACCACACGUGGCUGUCUGUCCAACACCGGCGGAAACCUACUGAUGGCUUCUGUUGGCUUCAGCUUCAUCUUCUCCUGGGUGCUCAUGGGAGUUGUAGUCACCUCAUUUAUUGUUGGGGGAAACGUAGAGAAGCUUGUUUGCGAGCCGCUGGCUAACAGACAGAUUUUUAAGAUAAUCGACACACCAUAUAUGGUCCAUCCUACCAAAAAGAACUUCCUUCCUGGCAUGCUGUUUCAAGAUCCAAACAUCGACCUUACUAUCGGCAGUAUGUACAGAGAUUGUUAUGAGAAUAAUGGUUUAUAUUCAGCACUACAACUGGAGACCAAGUUCAACUUCAACAAGUUUCUCAAUGCCACAGUGUAUAACCUGGAACUGACCAAGAUAUUUAAUAGUGUGAAUGUGGAUCUCCAGGGGAUGCUGCUUCUGGAACAGGAGGGCAAAGAUAACCUCAUUGACUUUGCUAACACAGGCAUUGGAGAAAUCGACUAUCAGGCUUAUCUAACUGAGGUGAAUAAAGGAGUGACAGUUGUGGAUCUUUUGUCCUACGCAAAUGAACUUGAAGCUCAAGCAGACCAGCUGGUGAGACAAAGACAAAUUAAUCACUUUCAAUUGGUAAUAAUUGCAAAAUUUGUGAAAGCAAGGGGCACUCUAAGUCAAAGCAUCAAACUGCUUCAGAAAACAUCCAGAGACCUACCUAUUAAAGUGACAAAUGUCUUGAAUGCCAUUGAAGCAGCAGAGUACCUCAUCGCCAACAAUGCUUCACAUGUGGUCAAACAGGAGGCUGAUAAAUUCAUUAAGAAACUUGUGGGAUAUUUUUCACAAUAUACGGAUUGGGUCAAGCACUCUCUGGAAAUGGAGGUCGCCCAGUGCAAGCCCAUCAGCAACAUCAUUGACUCGCUGGAGAUCGUAGGCUGCAGCUUCGUUGUUGACUCAGUGAACACAUUCUGGUUUGGUCUGGGAGGAUGCUGUUUGUUACUCAUUCCCAGCAUCAUCUUAUCUGUAAAACUCGGCAAAUUCUACCGCAGGAUGGACACUGAGGAUGUCUAUGAUGACGAUGCUGAGAGCUGGAACUAAAGAGAGCUUAGCAAGAUUCCAUGGACGACAACCGAAGACGGAAAAGAGGGAAUAUAAUCAGUGAAAAUUAAUUUAGAAACAGUUUAUUCCAGUUUCUAACAAUAAAACAUACUUCAGACCUUAACUAAAGAAUUCCAAGCAUAUUCUACACACAGUUCAUCGUACAUGGUAAACAGAAAUGUGUUCUUUUUAUACACUUUCAACAUGUUUUUGAAAGUUUUGUAUGUAUUUUGUUAAUAUCUGUUUUAUAAAGCAUGUCCUUUAGACAUAAUUGUGGGUACAUCUAGAUUUUGUAUUGGUCUUUUUAACAUUUGAUAUAAAGGGGCAAGAAAGGUCUGUGUACUGUACUGUGAUAUUGUCUUGUUGGUUAUUGAUCAUGAAACCAUGAACUGAUGUUUCUGAACCAAACAUCUCAAGUUUGAAGGUCCAAGCAGAUUAAGUAUUUACAGUAGAAAAGUGGAGUACUUCAUUUAUCAUGUUAACUUUUCAGUUCUUCUGCGAAAUGUUACUUUUUGUACAUUUUAUUGUUCAACAAAUGAAUGAAUCAAGUAUUAGCUUCAGAAAUGUUUCUUAGAGAAAAUGUGAUAACUAUGUUGAAUGCACUGGAAAAGUCUCAAUGUGUUGAAAGACGAAUGAAGCUAAUGUCCUAAAAGACUGAUUGUUCCUGUUUGAAAUGUCAGUACGUUUGAUACAAGACAAUAAUUACACCACUAAAAACGAAUUACUAUUAUAGAUCAGUUCAUCUUUUUUUGUUGUUGUUGUCUUUUUCUUCUUUUGAGUGUCUUAUGUAUUUGAUUUUCUUUUUGUGUUUACAUCCAUACAAGAAACUGAAAAUAGUUGAAUAUGUCCAGUGUGUAAUGUACUGUAAUUUGUUAAAAUACAGGUUUCAGUACAGCAUUUACAGUGGUAAUACAAUUCCACAUAGUUCAUAAUUGUACAAACCAAAGGUUUCUUAUAUUCCAAAAAGAAGGUUUGUGAAUGAAAUUUGAACUGUGAAGUUCCAAAUCUGUUACAGAUACCCACAAAUCCAGACGUCUGUCUCACGGCCUGCUGGGAGAAACUGUAUGCAUGUGUUCUUUGGCAUUGGAGCAGUACAGAUCUCCAGGGUCGUGUUUUCACCCAUGUUAUGAGAUUCAAAGGCACUUGUAACAAGUGUUUUGGAUUUUUACAGAGCAAAUCCCACUGGAACUCGGAGGCUGUGUUAACAUUACAAUUAAACAAUCAGCUCAACACGGUUUGUGGGGUGUUUUGUAAAAGGUACAAAUAAAAUAAUUACAUUUAUGUCACUUUUGCACCCUUUUUAAGCUUAACAGUU